CUGAAGUAAGCAGUAAACACUAAACACACGUGUUUUAGUUUUACUUUUACUGAAUAGUAAAUGACGAAUGUUCGAUUUGAACCGUUCUGUACGGAUGUUUCUGUAAUUCCGUUUGAACAUGUGACUGUGCACUGUGUAGUAGACAGUGAUUAGUAUUUUUAAGGAGGUAAAAUAAAACAUGGAAGACGAUCCGUUUUUAACGCAUUACACUUACGAUUUAUCUCCAGAGUUAAUUACCUGUCUAAAUGAUAAACCUCCGCUUGAAGAGGAAGUCGUUUUAGAAUGGCCCGAGUUGGGAAAACUAAUAUUCAAAAGACCAAAAUUAACUUUAGUCGAAGACCGUCGUGUCAAGCCUUUGGAAGAAACUCGACCAUUUGCCAAGCUGCCAGAUAUACCUGUAGCCGUUGACAAUAUUAAAAAAUUGAUUUUUCACAAACAACUUGCAUCAAAUAUUAAAAAUAUCAAUACAUUUCAAUUAGAAUUGUUGUCAAUAAUUUCUAAGUAUCAUGAUUUUAGUUACACUGAAAGAAAUUUCGAUAACGCAGAAGAAUUGCGGUAUUGUUACUGUAUACAUGCUAUUAAUCAUGUACUUAAAAGUCGUGACAUUGUUGUUGCAAAUAACGAUAAAAAAGAUGGUGAUGAUGAUGAUGAGUUGCGAGAUCAAGGUCUUACCAGACCCAAAGUAUUAAUUUUAGUUCCAUUUAAAGAUGCUGCAUAUAGGAUUAUAAAUAUGAUGAUAUCCCUGAUGUCUUCCAAAGAAAAUUUCAAUGUAGUGCACAAAAACAGAUUUGUUGAAGAAUUCACCGGUGGUGAAUUGACAUUACCAAAAAAAAAUCCUAAGCCAGAAGACUUUGAAAAAACAUUUGUUGGAAACAUUGAUGAUGCUUUUAGAAUUGGCAUGGCAGUCACUAAAAGUAGUUUGAAACUAUAUGAAAAUUUUUAUAACUCUGACAUAAUAAUAGCAUCACCACUUGGUUUGCGUAUGAUUAUUGGUGCUGAAGGAGAGUCCUCUAGAGAUUAUGAUUUUCUAUCAUCUGUAGAAGUGUUGAUAUUUGAUCAAUCUGAAAUAUUUUUGAUGCAAAAUUGGGAUCACGUGUUACAUAUCAUGAAUCAUUUUCACCUACAGCCAAAGGAAGCACAUGGUACAGAUUUACAGCGAGUGCGUAACUGGUCAAUUAACGGCUUGUCUAAAUAUUAUCGACAAACAAUGCUAUUUUCGUCUUGUAAAUUACCUAACUUGAUGGCCAUAAUAAAGAAUAGGUGUUUAAAUUAUGGUGGCUCGGUCAGCGUUGUAAAUCCAAUCUUAACUGGUACUAUAAGCCAUGUCGUUUGUAGUCUUAAACAAUUUUAUCAUAAACUCAAUUCAAAAACACCAACUGAAUCCAUUAAAGAAAGAUUUGACUAUUUCAUAAAUAAAGUUCUCACACAACUUCAAGCUUCAAAUGAAAAACAUGUGUUAAUCUAUGUUCCGUCUUAUUUUGAUUAUGUGUGUAUUAGAAAUUAUUUGAAAACGGAAGAUUACAGUUUUGUACAAAUUAGUGAGUAUACCAAACCAGGCAAAGUAGCUAGAGCCAGGGAUUUGUUUUAUCAUGGUGAAUGUCAAAUUCUGCUGUAUUCUGAGCGUUUUCAUUUUUAUAACAGGACUAAAAUUCGUGGUAUUGAAAAUAUUAUUUUUUAUCAAUUACCCACGAUUGCUGGGUUCUACAGUGAACUUUGUAAUUCAAUCGUAGACAAUGAUAGUUAUACUCGGAAUAUUACAGCACUCUACUCUCACUAUGAUGCAUGCGUGUUAACAUCAAUAGUUGGAACUCAAAGAGCAAAAUAUAUGUUGACUUCAGAGCAAAAAAUACAUAUGUUCCACUCAGGAACAUAAUAUUGUAGUUAAAUUUAUGUUU